GAGGAGGAGGAGAUGUAUGUAUAUGUGUGUACGUAUAUGCUGGCUGGAUGUGCACAUAAUCUAGUGCUCUAGUCUCUGUUGCAGGAAGAGGUAGGUGUUCGGUGUUCCUCCAUCAAGUGCUGCGCUUGGCAGUUGCUGCAGUUUCUGCAGAGAUGCUGUGUGUGUGGUAAUACUGUGUGGAUAGAUGUAUGUAUUUUUAGUGUAAUUAUUGCUGUGUUAUUAUAUUGUGGAUACAUGGAGUGUGUGUUGGAGGAUAAGGCUUGGCUAUGAGUUUUAGUGAGAGAAAGUAAUGAAGUUAGUGCGGUGGUGCUGAUUUAAGAAGGUAUAUGUGGUUACAGUUGAAUCGAGGAGGAGAAGUAGAGGCUGGAGCGGCUGAAUUUCCGUUUCUGUGCGGAUUUGUUGGCGAUUUGGUUAGUUAGGGCUAAAGUAUGACGAGCGGACUCAUCGAUUUGAAUACGGUUGAAAAUGAAGAGGAAACGCCGUCGCCUUCAGGUUCUCCGUCAUCGACGGCGGUCUACGGCAACCUGCAAGCAUCGUCCUCGACGGCGGUGAGCAUGGAGCUGUGGCACGCCUGCGCGGGGCCAUUGAUUUCACUCCCGAAGAAAGGGAGUGCAGUUGUGUACUGUCCUCAAGGACACUUGGAACAGCUGCCGGAACACCCACCCAUAGUUUAUGAUCUCCCUCCUCACGUUUUUUGCCGCGUUAUUGACGUUAACCUCCAUGCCGACGCAGCAAACGAUGAAGUUUAUGCACAAGUUUCCUUGAUUCCGGACCAGCAGAUUGAACAAAGAUGGAGGGAAGGUGUAAUUGAAGUUGAGGACGACAGUGAAGACACUGAAGCUAUUGAAAAGCCUUUGACACAGCAUAUGUUUUGCAAAACUCUCACUGCAUCCGAUACAAGCACCCAUGGGGGAUUUUCUGUUCCUCGACGGGCUGCUGAGGAUUGCUUCCCUCCGCUGGACUACAAACAACAGAGACCUUCUCAGGAGCUUGUGGCUGCCGAUUUGCAUGGUAGCAAGUGGAAAUUCCGACACAUCUACAGAGGUCAGCCUCGGAGGCAUCUACUGACUACCGGGUGGAGUGCAUUUGUCAAUAAGAAGAAGCUUGUUCCUGGAGAUGCAGUGCUCUUUCUGAGAGGUAGUGAUGGAGAGCUCAGACUUGGGAUUCGUCGUGCUUCGCUUGUUAAAAGUGAUGGUAAUUCCUGCAGCCAAUUGUUCAAUGCUAGCUGCAUUGUUGCUCUAGUGAAUGCUAUAUCCAUGCAAAAGACAUUUACCCUUAGUUAUAAUCCAAGCAAGUUUUGCAGGGUUCGCUCGUUUGACAUAAUUGUUCCUUACCAUAAGUUCUGCAAGAGCCUUGCACACCGUUUUUCAUCUGGAAUGCGGUUCAAAAUCCGUUCUGAACGAGAAGAUUCAUCGGAAAGGAGUGGACUUAUUAUCGGAGUUAACAAUGUGGAUUCUGGAAGAUGGCCUAACUCAAAAUGGAAAUGCUUGUUGGUGAGAUGGGAUGAUAUGGAGGCCCACUGCAUUAGUAGGGUGUCCCCUUGGGAGAUCGAACCUUGUGCAUUGCUACCCGGUUCUAGCAGUGCAGCUGUUCCCGGCACCAAAAGAAGCCGGGACGGUUUUCUUGCAACAAAUCCAGACUUUCAAGCCCCCAGAGAUGAGAGUGAAAUUCCAGACUUUGGGGGACCUUCAAGGUUCCAGAAGGUCUUGCAAGGUCAAGAAGUAUUCCGGUUCGCCCCACCGUAUCCCAAACCACAACUCCCCUCCCAUCAUCCAUCCACCAUAACUCCAAUCCCUUGUCUCAAUGGCUCCACAAUUCGUCCACUAGGUAACAACAUCAGAUAUUCUGGCCACACAUCCUUCAAAACAAGCUUGCUCGCCGAACCAUUCCGACUCCCCAAAGUCUUGAAAAGCCAACCAAACCUAGCAAUCCUCCCACACAAAAGAUGCCCCUUCAUGAUCAAUGGACUCAUCGAGGUACCAAAUCACAGAUUGACCUCAUCCUCCCCCACCCAAAACCACAAUCAAGGUCCAUUCCAUGCUUCUCAAAGGAAAUCCACGUCUUCUGAUCCGAUCAAUGAAGAUCGCUUUCAUGAAAAUGCACAAGCCAAAGACUCCGAGGACGAGCAAAGAAGCCACACAGGGUUUGCCAAUGUUCUUAAUACCAAACCACUAUUUAUCGACAAACACAAUUUUGUUGCAGUUUGCAACAAGACUUGCAGGCUCUUUGGAUUUCCGAUCGGGGGCGAGGGAAUUACUGCUGCUGCAACUACAAGCAAUAAGGGGAGAAACAAUCCUGCUGGAUCACAGCCUACCUAUAAUCAGCCCUUUCCAUGAAAUAACCAAGGUAAUGCUUUUACCACUUUCUACUACAUCUUACGUGCAUUAAUUCUGUUAUUGAUAUGUUUCCUUGAUGUUCUACUCUGUAAUGUUAAUACUUUUUUUAUGCUUGUUUAGCAAUUUCUUGUCUGAAUCACCUCAAAUAUUUUGAUUAAUUAAUUUCCAGGUAUGUAUUACGAAAUUUGCUCCAUAAGUUUGUUGUUAUUAGCAAAUAUUGUUUAUUGUUGAAGGUAGAUUAUAAUACUACUCCAUCUGUAUUAAAUUGUGUGCUAGUUUUCGUUCCAGCGUUACUUAUUAGGUACUUUGGUUUGGGAAGUUUUAAGGAUUUCACUGUUUAUUGAAUUUUUUUCUCGCAAAAAAAAAUAUUAGUCUAGUAUUUAUUUUUUUUACUCUCUCCGUCCCAUGUAAUAUGGGUAUAUUACUGUAGACAUGAGAAUUUAUAGGUAAAUUAUAAUUAGUAAGUAAUUAAGAAGUAUAUUAAUAAAAAUAAUUAUUAUUUAACAAAAAUAAUUAUAGAUUAAUAUUAAAAUAAGUAAAUAGUUUAAUUAAAAUUAAAAAAAUUAUAAAAUUUAAAAUUUAAAAUGCGAUUAAAGUGUAUAAUUAUAUUUUCAAAAAUAGAAAUGAUAAGUUACGUGGGACGAACGAAAAUAAAAAAUAGAGACAAAUUAUGUGGGUAUUAUUUAUACCCAAUAUUGUUAGGUGUGUAAGAAAAGAUUGGUAAAUAGUGUGGAAUUUUUAAAAUUUUAGUGUGUGGAAGGAUGUGACCAAAAGCAUUGGUAGUGGGGCCCCCUGAGGCCGAGUCUGAUUAUCAUGGCAAAAGCCGUGUAAAUACUGCCUGCCUACUUUCUUGCUGUUAACACAUUUUCUUGUCUGCUCUAUAGUGAAAUUUCCCAUGAUUUUGGGCUGCGUUUUCUUUCCACCUUGCAUUGCUUUUCUUUGCUUUCUUCUGGACCACACCCAAAACCAAAACUAAACAGUUUAAACCUCAAUUUCCACCAGUGCCACGUCAUCAUUUAAUUCCUAUCUUAUGAAAUUAAAUGUAGUGGCUUGUCACACAAAUUAUUCUUUAUUUCGCUUGAUAUGGGGUGGGAUGAGGUCAUCCCAUAUCUUGAGCAGAUUUCUUGUUCUUAUCUUAAGUACUGUAUGCAUGUAUUAUUUGGUGGCACAUCUCUUUCUUAAGGUAAAAUUAAUUUAAUAUUCGAUUUUUAAGUGAUGAUUACGGGCCUGUGUUUUAAUAUUUGAAUUUAAAUUAGUGGGAAUAAUAGUAGUAACGUUCAUACCAAUAUAAAUAGGUUUUAGAUUGCAUUUUUCGACUGAAUUUAAUUUGAUUAUUUUUUGUAAUAUACUUUUCUGUCCAGGGAUGUUUGCAUCUUUUGCUUGUUGCGGUUCUUUAAGUAGUAGUAUAAAUUUGAUAAUUUUUGGCAUCUGUUCCCUUGUUUUUUUUCUUUUUUUUUUUUCAGAAUGAUUUAAUAAUUUUUUUUAGAAGUAUAAAAGAGAGAAAAUUGUAGGGAAAUACUACCUUCUUAAUCAGUAAAUAAUUAAGAAUGUAUCAGUGAAAAUAAUUAUCCGAUAAUAUAAAUUAUUAUAAAUUAAGAUAAAAAUAACUAAUUAGUUUAAUUAAAAUUAAAAAAAAAAUAAAAUUAGAA